UUUUCUCGACCUUCUUCCUGUCCUUGGCCCCGCCCCCCGGAAGCUUCGAUGGAUCCUCGCCCGCGGGUCGGGGGUGAGAAGUGGGGGCGCUGAGCGGACCUUGGUGAAUAACUGCCUGAGUGCCGCUGCCCAGCGGCGCCGGUUGUUAGGACCCAGGAAGACUGCUAUCAUCUGGUGCCAAGAUGUCAGGAAUUGGAAAUAAAAGAGCAGCUGGAGAGCCUGGCACAUCCGUGCCUCCGGAGAAGAAAACAGCUGUUGAAGAUUCAGGGACCACAGUGGAGACGAUUAAGCUCGGGGGUGUCUCUUCAACGGAGGAGCUAGACAUUCGAACACUGCAAACCAAAAAUCGCAAGCUGGCAGAAAUGCUGGAUCAACGGCAGGCCAUUGAAGAUGAACUCCGUGAGCACAUCGAAAAACUGGAACGAAGACAGGCCACCGAUGACGCCUCGCUGCUGAUUGUCAACCGGUACUGGAGUCAGUUUGAUGAAAACAUCCGUAUCAUCCUUAAACGUUACGAUCUGGAGCAGGGUUUGGGAGAUCUCCUCACGGAGAGAAAAGCCCUUGUCGUGCCGGAACCAGAACCAGACUCUGAUAGUAAUCAGGAACGGAAAGAUGACCGAGAGAGAGGGGAAGGGCAAGAGCCAGCCUUCUCUUUCCUUGCUACUCUGGCCAGCAGUUCCAGUGAAGAAAUGGAGUCUCAGCUGCAGGAGCGUGUGGAGUCCUCCCGCCGAGCUGUGUCCCAGAUUGUGACUGUCUAUGAUAAAUUACAAGAAAAAGUAGAGCUCUUAUCGCGGAAGCUGAACAGUGGAGAUCAUCUGAUAGUGGAGGAGGCGGUGCAGGAGCUGAAUUCCUUCCUUGGACAGGAGAACAUGAGGCUACAGGAAUUGACAGACCUCCUUCAGGAGAAGCAUCGCACCAUGUCUCAGGAGUUCUCCAAGUUGCAGAGUAAAGUGGAGACAGCUGAGUCACGAGUGUCUGUCCUUGAGUCCAUGAUCGAUGACCUGCAGUGGGAUAUUGACAAAAUUCGGAAGAGGGAACAGCGACUCAACCGACACUUAGCAGAAGUCCUAGAACGGGUGAAUUCAAAAGGCUAUAAGGUAUAUGGAGCGGGGAGCAGUUUGUAUGGUGGCACAAUCACCAUCAAUGCCCGGAAGUUUGAGGAAAUGAAUGCAGAGCUUGAGGAGAAUAAAGAGCUGGCUCAGAACCGUCACUGUGAGCUGGAGAAACUUCGGCAAGACCUGGAGGAGGUCACUACCCAAAAUGAGAAGCUGAAGGUGGAGCUGCGGAGCGCGGUGGAGGAGGCGGUUAAGGAGACCCCGGAGUACCGCUGUAUGCAGUCACAGUUCUCCGUCCUGUACAAUGAGAGCCUGCAGUUGAAAGCGCACUUGGAUGAGGCUCGGACACUGCUUCAUGGCACUAGGGGGACCCACCAGCGCCAAGUUGAGCUCAUUGAGCGAGAUGAAGUUAGUCUUCAUAAGAAGCUGAGGACCGAAGUGAUCCAGCUGGAAGAUACACUGGCCCAGGUCCGCAAGGAGUAUGAGAUGCUGAGGAUAGAAUUUGAGCAGACCCUUGCCGCCAAUGAGCAAGCAGGCCCCAUAAACCGGGAGAUGCGCCACCUCAUCAGUAGCCUCCAGAAUCACAAUCACCAGCUGAAAGGCGAGGUCCUGAGGUACAAGCGGAAAUUGAGAGAAGCCCAGUCUGACCUGAACAAGACCCGUCUGCGCAGCGGCACUGCCCUCCUGCAGUCUCAGUCCAGUACUGAGGACCCGAAGGAUGAGCCUGCAGAACUGAAGCAAGAUCCUGAGGACUUAGCUGCCCAGUCCUCUGCGUCAAAGGCAUCUCAGGAAGAAGUCAAUGAAAUUAAGUCCAAACGGGAUGAGGAAGAACGAGAACGAGAAAGGAGGGACAAAGAGAGGGAGAGAGAAAGAGAGCGGGAGAAGGAAAAGGAGAGGGAACGAGAGAAGCAGAAACUGAAAGAGUCAGAGAAAGAAAGAGACUCUGCUAAGGAUAAAGAGAAAGGGAAACAUGACGAUGGAAGGAAAAAGGAAGCAGAAGUUAUCAAACAAUUGAAGAUUGAACUCAAGAAGGCACAAGAGAGCCAAAAGGAGAUGAAACUAUUGCUAGAUAUGUACCGCUCUGCCCCAAAGGAACAGAGAGACAAAGUUCAGCUGAUGGCGGCUGAGAAGAAGUCUAAGGCAGAGUUGGAAGACCUAAGGCAAAGACUCAAGGAUCUAGAGGAUAAGGAGAAAAAGGAGAACAAGAAGAUGGCUGAUGAGGACGCCUUGAGGAAGAUCCGGGCAGUUGAGGAGCAGAUAGAGUACCUGCAGAAGAAGCUGGCCAUGGCCAAGCAGGAGGAAGAGGCUCUCCUCUCGGAGAUGGAUGUUACAGGCCAGGCCUUUGAAGACAUGCAAGAGCAAAAUAUCCGUUUAAUGCAGCAGUUGCGGGAGAAGGAUGAUGCAAAUUUCAAGCUCAUGUCUGAGCGUAUCAAGUCAAAUCAGAUCCACAAGUUACUUAAAGAAGAGAAGGAGGAGCUAGCUGACCAGGUUUUGACUCUAAAGACUCAGGUUGAUGCGCAGUUACAGGUAGUAAGGAAAUUGGAAGAGAAGGAGCAUCUCUUACAAAGCAACAUUGGCACGGGGGAGAAGGAGCUGGGUCUUAGGACUCAAGCCUUAGAGAUGAAUAAACGCAAGGCGAUGGAGGCAGCCCAGCUGGCAGAUGACCUCAAAGCGCAACUGGAGUUGGCUCAGAAGAAGCUCCAUGAUUUUCAGGAUGAGAUCGUGGAGAACAGUGUCACCAAAGAAAAGGACAUGUUCAAUUUCAAACGAGCCCAGGAGGACAUCUCUCGGCUUCGAAGGAAGCUGGAGACCACAAAGAAACCAGACAAUGUGCCCAAGUGUGAUGAGAUCCUGAUGGAGGAGAUUAAGGAUUACAAGGCACGCCUGACCUGUCCAUGUUGCAACAUGCGUAAAAAGGACGCCGUACUGACCAAGUGUUUUCAUGUUUUCUGCUUUGAGUGUGUGAAGACACGCUAUGACACCCGUCAGCGCAAAUGUCCCAAGUGUAACGCUGCGUUUGGUGCCAAUGAUUUCCAUCGCAUCUAUAUUGGUUGAGCCGAGCCAAGAGUAGAAGAGGGAGUGGCUAGACAGGCACUUCUUCAUUAACCACCAAAACCUCUACCUCUUCUCUCCUUGACUGUCACCUACAGGGCAGUUUGUCUGCCAGUGACCUUUCCUUCACAGACUUUACGUCCAGGCUCUCCUCUCUAAUAGCUAGAUGAUUUCAGGGAAAAGGACCGGUAAAGGCAAGUCUUGGGUUUAAGAAUGAAUUCGAAACAAACAACUCUCAUUUGUCUUCCCCACCAGCUUAUUUCUUUCCUGCUUUUAGAUUUCCUAGCAUUUUCUUCUUCAGGCUUACUAUAUAAUCUUGGAUUUCCAUUCCUCCUGAAGAAGUAAAUUGGUGUUUCUGACACAGAGAAGGGAGCAAAGAAGAGUGGAGACCUACGGCUGUUUUGGGGGGUGAGGAGGAUCUUUUAGAAAUAAGCUCUCUGUGGGCACAAACAUUUCUUGAUUUGGGUAGUAAACUUUUUGUAAAGUUGGAUUAUAAAAUGGUAUAAUUGUGCCACUUUUUCCUGGAUGGUUUGAAGCCUUAAUGAAAUUAUGUCCAGGAUGAUUCAGUCCAUUUUCUAUUCCCUAACAAAGUAACUUGUUAAGGUCAGCUGGGUUCCAUGUUGGAAGUUAUUUAAGUUUUGAAUGUCCUACUCAUUAAAAAGUCUUUAAAUUUCUUGAGGCCAGAAUAAUUUCAAAUUUAGUUUUUAUCUUACAAUGAAAUCAAGCUUGGGGAGGAUGGGGAACAGGACUGAGAUGAUAAAGAGAUCUUCUGGGUACUCUGGGAACUUGAUACAGAGAGGCCUUAGUGAGCUAUGAAUUACUCUCAUCUGCCUCUCUACAGGGAUUGCUGUGAUCCCUGUUUUCCGGAAGAUUCUCUGUAAUGUUUCUGUAGGACUUUAUACUCCAUAAGCUUCAAUUAAAGCAGGAUUCAGUUUG